AUGGAUGCCAUUCAUGCUGCUCGGCUGCUUUUGGAGAAGCACCGUGAGAAGACCAAGCCUGUCCCCAUGGCAUUCCUUGACCUGGAAAAGGCCUUCGAUUGCAUCUCACACAAACACAUUUGGCAUGCCUUACGAUCUCAUAAUGUCCCUGAAGCCUACGUCCGGUGGAUUCAACUACUGUACCGUAGCAUCACCAGCAUGGUCCAAUGUGUAGUGGGAACAUCGCCUCCCUUCACCAUCAACGUCAGAGUACAUCAAGGAUUGGCGCUUUUGCCCCUACUAUUCAUCCUUUGCAUGGACACUGUGACGCUUAACCUCCAGUCGCCUCAUCCAUGGUCACUCCUUUAUGCUGACGACGUCUUCUUGGCGGAUGAACAACGUGAAGUCCUCCAAGAGCAAAUGUGGCAAUGGAACGAAUGGCUCAGCAAAUUUGGACUUCAACUGAACAUCAAGAAAAUGGAGUAUAUGGAAUGCGACCCCCAAACCGAUGGAACCAUCAGCAUUGGUGGAGAAGACUUGAAGAAAGUAGAGCAAUUCAAGUACCUCGGCUCCCUCAUAUGCAGCAACGGUGAUAGCUUUCCGGAUGCCCGCGCCCGUGUCAACGCCACCUGGAUGAAGUGGCAAUUAAUGGACACAAAUUUGACUCCAGAACUCAAAAUUAAGGACCAAGUAAUAUCAGAGCACCGCAACCUCCCAGGACACCUUACAGCAGACCUUAAAGAGAUUGUUUUGGAAAAUGGGACCAACAGCACCAUUGAGGGAGAAACUGCUGAACUCACAUCAAAAGUUUCAGGCAAUCUCAGAAGUCUCAACAACUUAUGA